AUGGUUCAUGUCGAAGAAAGCUUGCAAAUACCUCGAGAUUUUGAGGGGUUUGGCGAAGAAGGCUUCGACCCGAAAUGGCCAAAUGGUGCUCGGAUCGCGGUUUCAUUCGUUCUCAACUAUGAGGAAGGCGGAGAGCGAAGCAUGCUAGACGGAGAUCCUUUCUCGGAACCUUACUUGUGGGAGAAAGGCGCAUCAGGAGGCUACAAAGAAGGCGCCAGGUACCUGAACGCUGAACAAGACUUCGAGUAUGGAAGUCGCUCAGCCUCUUGGCGCCUCAUUCGCCUCUUCAAAGAGUUUGGAUGGAGCUUUACUACUUACGCCGUAGCGUACGCCCUCAAACGCAACCCGACCUUUGCAAAGGCGCUGGUCCGAGAUGGUCACGAGAUUGCUUGUCAUGGACUCAGAUGGCUAGACAUCUGGAACUACUCGCUUGAAGAGGACAAGGAGUACAUCAAGCAGAACAUUUUGAUGCUGAAGGAAGUAUCGGGCGAAAUGCCUGUCGGCGCUUACUUUGGCCGCGGCACACCCAACACCCCUUCAUUGUUCCCAGAAGUUUGGAAGAGCCUUGGAGGAGAGUUUCUUUGGUCCUCAGAAUGUUAUAACGACGAUGUUCCUUACUGGCUCGAUUUGCCAUGGGAGAAGGACUUGCCAGAGGAGAAGCGGGAAGGCAUGCUCCUCAUCCCGUACAACUACGAUUGCAACGACGGGAAAUUCCACAUGUCGCCUGGUUUUGGCAGCUCCGUUGCGGAAACAUAUGAGCAAUAUUUGAAGAAUACCUUUGAUUGCUUGUACAGGGAGGGCGGAAAGUUGAUGAACAUCCCCUUGCAUACACGCAUUAUCGGCAAACCAGGUAGAUCGGAGGCUUUGAGGAAGUUCAUGAAGUACGUUGCGGAGAAGGAAGGCGUCUGGGUCACAACGAGACGGGACAUCGCCAAACACAUGAGAGCCAACUUUCCAUACAAGCCCAACGGGGAGUGGACGAAGGGUGUAUGA